AUGGCCCCGCUCGGAUAUUUCAUAUUCCUCUACGGCCUGAAGCAAGCGCUGGGCAGCUACCCGAUCUGGUGGUCCCUGGCUGUUGGGCCCCAGUACUCAUCCCUGGGGACACAGCCCAUCCUCUGCGCCAGCAUCCCAGGCUUAGUACCCAAGCAGCUGCGUUUCUGCCGGAACUACGUGGAGAUCAUGCCCAGCGUGGCAGAGGGCAUCAAAAUCAGCAUCCAGGAGUGCCAACACCAGUUCCGGGGCCGCCGUUGGAAUUGCACCACUAUCAACAACAGCCUGGCCAUCUUUGGCCCCGUGCUGGACAAAGCUACUCGGGAGUCCGCCUUCGUGCACGCCAUCGCCUCUGCCGGCGUAGCCUUCGCGGUGACGCGCUCUUGCGCCGAGGGCUCCGCUGCCAUCUGCGGCUGCAGCGGCCGCCAUCAGGGCUCGCCCGGUGAGGGCUGGAAGUGGGGCGGCUGCAGCGAGGACAUCGAGUUCGGCGGGAUGGUGUCUCGGGAGUUCGCAGAUGCGCGGGAGAACCGCCCAGACGCUCGCUCCGCGAUGAACCGCCACAACAAUGAGGCUGGGCGCCAGGCCAUCGCCAGUCACAUGCACCUCAAGUGCAAGUGCCAUGGGCUCUCGGGCAGCUGCGAAGUGAAGACCUGCUGGUGGUCGCAGCCUGACUUCCGCGCCAUUGGUGACUUCCUCAAGGAUAAGUAUGACAGCGCCUCAGAGAUGGUGGUGGAGAAGCACCGCGAGUCGCGCGGCUGGGUGGAGACCCUGCGGCCACGCUACACCUACUUCAAGGUGCCCACAGAGCGCGACCUGGUCUACUACGAGGCCUCGCCCAACUUCUGCGAGCCCAACCCCGAGACGGGAUCUUUCGGCACGCGAGACCGCACCUGCAACGUGAGCUCGCACGGCAUAGACGGCUGCGACCUGCUGUGCUGCGGCCGCGGCCACAACGCGCGCACCGAGCAGCGGAGGGAGAAGUGCCACUGCGUCUUCCACUGGUGUUGCUACGUGAGCUGCCAGGAGUGCGCGCGCGUCUACGACGUGCACACCUGCAAGUAG